GGUGAUUCCCUCCCCUCGCCAAAUAUCUGUCCAGGAGACGUUGACACUCCUUCAUAACGCCGCUCUUCCCGCGCCUCACGCAGAUGCACAAAGCGCCGUGAGCACAGAAGUCUCCAAACACCAGAAUUCUACUUAUCGCACCGAACCCCAGUAGAUGACAGCAUAAAAUAGCCUAGUGUUAAUUAUAGUUAUUUACAAUAAUUCAUCAAUAUAGCAGUAUGGUUUUCUUUCCUACACCUUAGUUUGCUUUUCCAAGAGACCUCUUUGUGCAAACUAUUUUAUACUCUAUGUGCACGUCCCCGUGGUUACUGCACAUCCCCUGCCGGUGUUGGUGAUGCCAUGCCCCGCAACCACAGUGGCGAUGAAGCCAGUUCUGGGCUCUGGAUGAAAACCUCUCCAGGGCGUCGGGCUCAGAACUAUAGGUUGAAAGAUGUGGAGUCUGGACGGAGGAUGAUGAACAACGCUGUUCGAGUCGGAGACGGGAUGCUUUCGCCAGGCGCGGCAGGUGCAGGGGGCGCGGAGAGGAGAAAGGGCGCCCGGUUGAGUUUGCUCGGGAAGCCGCUCAUCUACAGCGCGCAGAGCGGGCGCAGAAACGCGCACUACCGUCGUCUCCAGAAUUACCUCUAUAAUGUACUGGAGAGACCCAGGGCAUGGGCGUUCAUCUACCACGCCUUCGUGUUCAUCUUGGUGUUUGGCUGUCUGGUCCUGUCAGUAUUCUCCACAAUCCCUGCCCAUCAGGACCUGUCCAACCACUUUCUGCUCAUCCUGGAGUUUGUGAUGAUCGUGGUGUUUGGGCUGGAGUACAUCAUCAGGAUAUGGAGCGCAGGCUGCUGCAGUCGCUACAGGGGCUGGCAGGGACGCCUCCGCUUUUCCAGGAAACCCUUCUGUGUUAUAGACAUCAUUGUACUCAUAGCUUCCAUUGCUGUGGUGUCAGCGGGUAGCCAAGGUAACAUCUUUGCCACCUCAGCAUUGAGGAGCCUUCGCUUCCUGCAGAUCCUGCGAAUGGUGCGCAUGGACCGCAGAGGGGGCACCUGGAAACUACUGGGAUCUGUUGUCUACGCGCACAGUAAGGAGUUGGUGACAGCUUGGUACAUUGGGUUCCUGGUGCUUAUCUUCUCUUCGUUCCUGGUCUAUCUUGUGGAGAAGGAGUUCAACAAAGACUUUGCCACCUAUGCUGAUGCUCUGUGGUGGGGCACGAUCACUCUGACAACCAUCGGCUACGGAGACAAGACUCCUCAGACGUGGACGGGUCGUCUGAUCUCAGCUGGCUUUGCUCUGAUGGGGAUCUCCUUCUUCGCCCUGCCUGCCGGUAUCCUGGGCUCAGGCUUUGCCCUGAAGGUACAGGAGCAGCACAGACAAAAACACUUUGAGAAGAGGAGGAACCCAGCAGCCAGCCUCAUCCAGUGUGUCUGGCGUAGUUAUGCUGCUGAUGAGAACUCGGUUUCCAUAGCUACCUGGAAGCCUCAUUUGAAGGCGUUGCAUACCUGCAGUCCUGCAAAGAAAGAACAGGGUGAGACGAUUAGCAGUACUAAGUUGAGCUUUAAAGAGCGGGUACGUAUGGCAAGCCCUCGCGGCCAGAGCAUGAAGAGCCGCCAGACGUCCAUCAACAACGAUCGCCGUUGUUCCCCGGGCAACAAUGUGGCGGGCGCUGAGACGCGCAGUAGCCCUGCCAAGGUGCAGAAGAGCUGGAGCUUCAAUGACCGCACCCGCUUUAGACCCUCCUUACGCCUUAAGAGCCAAUCACGCACCUCGCCAUCCGAAGUGGACACAGGAAUGGGGAAUGAUGACACGUUCGACGACAGGGGCUGCCACUGUGAUGUCACCAUGGAGGACAUAACAGCUGCACAGAAGGCUGUCAUCAGAGCCGUCAGGAUCAUGAAGUUUCAUGUAGCAAAGAAGAAGUUUAAGGAGACUCUGCGUCCAUACGAUGUGAAGGAUGUGAUAGAGCAGUACUCUGCAGGACACCUGGAUAUGCUCUGCAGAAUCAAGAGUCUACAAACUAGGGUGGAUCAGAUACUGGGUAAGGGCCAGGUCCCCAUGGACAAAAAGAUCAGGGACAAGCUUCACCCUGAUGGGGACACACUGGAGGACAUGAGUAUGCUGGGACGUGUGUGUAAAGUGGAGAGACAGGUGACGUCCAUAGAGUCAAAGCUGGACUCUCUGCUAGAUGUGUACAGGCAGGGCUCGUCUGCCCUCACCCUCUCCUCCCUGCCCCUUUUCGAGCUGGAGCACCAGACAUCUGACUACCAGAGCUCCAUCCUCAGCAAGGACCUGCCCUCUGGCUCCCACCUGGGAGGAGUGUGUAAAGGGCAUCCAGGUGAGGGGGGUGGGGGUAUGUCCCGGUCAACAACAGGUGACCAUCUCUCCAGGGGCCUCCAGCUCAUACUGGCCCCCAGCGAGCUCACCCUCAACACCUGCCCCCCCCCCUACCCUGCCUCCACCACAUCCCCCACACCCAUGCCCUUCCUGCUCCCUGAUAGCCCCUACCCGCUCCUCGCCACCCCUAGUAGUUUCCCCAGACGAGUGCAUUUCCCUAACCUCCUGCCCCCUCCACCAUCUGCUGGUGCCGCCACCCUCCAGCUGCCCACCACUGGCCCCCAUCACAGACGCCCCCUCUGCCCCACCCCAGAUGCUCCUCGAAGGGGUGGGCUGGAGGAGAGCUCAGGCCCCUCUGUGAUGGUGGGCUCCAGUGUGGACGAUGGAGAGGAGGACAGAGAGGGGGAACAUGCCCAGAGCAGGGUGCAGCUGAGGGGGAAGCCCCACUUGAGGGAAGAGGGCCCCUGGAGGAGGCACUUGAGCCUGGAGGUGGACCCCUUGCUGCUGCUCUCCUCUGGAUGUGAGGGGGUACCCUCUGAGCAGGGAAAGGGGCUGGGGAAGUCCUGGUCAGCACACAACCUUAUCCAGCCAUCUGCAGACAACCCCCACCUGUCCUCCCCCCUUGGCAACAGUAGCAGUUCCAGAAAUGGCUCCCAAGGCAACCCCGACGUUAGCAACUGGCGUGAAACAGACCUUUUCAUCACUGUCUGUGACCUGGAGCCGCAGGUGGACCAGUUUGAUUUCCUGUCCCAGGAGAGUGGCUUCCUGUCCCAUCCCACAGCAGACGGUACUGGCUGCUUGGACCUCUUGCUGACUGAAGAUGGGGGGUCCUCAAGCAGUUUGACCGGACCCCACAUCCCCACAAUGGACAGUGCAGAGUCCCUCAACCAGCCUCCCCAUGUACGACUAAAAUAACUAUUCCAUAGGAGUGAAUAAAAUAACCCCUUCCCCCCAACACACACAUUACUAAUACGACCAUCCAGCAUAGAGGAUUCACUUGGACAAAAAAAGAAAAAAAGAUUUGAAACUGUUGAUUAUAACUCUGUUUUUAAGAUGUUUGAGGUGUCAACAAAAGAUGUCCUCUCAUGCAUAUCAUUGCAUGGACUAUUUCCUAAAACAGCAACAAGCUGAGAAACUAACAGGGGAAGGGGAGAUGGGGAGGAAGAUUGAACAAAAGAGAGGUUGGUCAUAGUGGUACUGUUUGCUCUCUCGACUAUGCAUGACCACCGCAUGUCUAAACUGCACUUUAGGGUCGAGAGCAUUCAAGCCCCCGAGCCCCUUCGAUAGCCUUGGAACCACAGUUAUGAUGGCUGAGUCCAACCUCAUAAGCCCACAGCUCACCUGUUUUUACCUGCAUGUUCCAUUCGUGUAUCUUCCAAACCCUUGAGAGGCAAUUUGGAGCAGUCAGCUAUUAUUACCCAAGUAUUCCUAACAAGCUCACCAUUUAAUAAUAGAUAAUACAAUAAUUAAUUUGAUAUUAACAGAAGAAGAUAAACCUAUUGAAGUAACUUUGUCAAUUAUUUUCCUAAUGAAUUGUACAAUCUUGUGAGGCCAUUAGAUUUUGAACAAAUCCAAUUUGCUGAUUGCGUGCUCCAGUAGGAUUCAUUGUUUUGGACAUUUAAAGGAAUUUAGUGAAAGACAAACAGCAGCCAAAUAAGAUCAGUUAUGACUGUGAUACAGUAGAUAGUGAAACAAGGCUGUGUUACACUGCAGUUGUCGGUCACAAUAAACACUACAGAAUGCAGGGUUUCUUGUCUUACAGCUCAUGUGUACCACUGCCUUGUGGUACACAGGCAGCAGCACUGUUUGACUGCCACUCAGCCUGAACACAGAUGCCUGCUCUUGAAUGAGAAUAUGCACAAAACUGUGUCAGCCAUUUUGAUUUCCUCUAUUUUGCACCUUUUUGUUCUUGAAGAAGAGACAGACACAACAGUCUUAAAUGUCUUCUGUGGAGUUAACGAUGACAGCUUAACUUCAACACAUUUGUUUUUAUGGUGCAUAAGUGCACUUGACUUAGCUGAUUAACAAUUACACUGUAGAAUGCAAUAUGUACAGAUGAAUGCCAAAAUACAGAAAACACUUGAGUAAAUUAGGGAUUCAAAGUACAUUGAAAGCAGGCUAUUUUACACAGGUGUGGUUCCUGAGUUAAUUAACAUCCCAUCAUGCAUAGGGUCAUGUAUAAAAAUGUCCAGUUGCCCAUUAUUUUGGCUACCAUGGUGAGAAGAUCUCAGUGACUUUGAAAGAGGGGUCUCAAAGUAGCAGAAGGGGUUUAUUACAGGGUGUGUGUGUUUGUGCGCACAUUAAAAAAUACUAUAGUAUACUCUGGUAUAAAUACUAUAGUAUUCACUGUAGUGUUUUUGCAGACUUUACUGUAGUAUUUACUGUUAACUAUAGCGUAAAAACUGUAGUAAAAGGAAAAAUUUAGUAUAUACUAUAGUAAUUAAUGUAGUGUUUUUUUGCGGAUUGUAAUAUACUGUAGUAUUUACUGUAGUGUUUUUGCUGACAUUACUGUAGUAUUUACUAUAGUGUUAUUGUAUUAUAAUCUUUGACAUAGAAGUGAAGGCUUUCUCCUUCAAGAAACCUUCUGGAGAACUAAUAAAAGAGCACAUUUAGCAUAACCUGUUGGUCGGUAGGACUGGGGUCUGAAUGGAUAGUUCAGAGCUUCUGCUCUUUUCCAUAACCAGUAAGGAACACAAUAUAUGGUCUAUACUUGGCAUGUAGGUUUCUCACUUAUGGGUGGCACAAAUUGUGAUAUUGAGUAGGGGAAUGGUCAGGGUAUAUACAAAUGAAAUACUAUAGUAUUUACUAUAGUUUACUGUAGUAUUUGUGUAGUAUUUACUACAUUUUUUGUCGGGAUAAUACUGCAGUAUUUACUAUAGUAUUCUACAGUAUACUACAACAUUCUAUAGUAAGUACUACACAUGAUCGAGGGAUACUACAUUGUGUAAUAUAAUAUUCUACAUUUUACUAUAUCAUUAUUUUCUAUAGUAAGUACUGUAGUAUUCUACAGUAAACUGUAGUAUAUUUUCAUGUAUGUGUGUCUCUCUCAAUCAACAGAUCUCAACCCAAUUAACCCUUAUGGGAGAUUCUGAAACGCGACGCCUGAGACAGCGUUUUCCACCACCAUCAACAAAACACCAAAUUAUAGAGUUCCAGACAUUAGAAUCUAUUCCAAGGUACAUUGAAGCUGUUCUGGUGGCUCGUGGUGGCCCGAUGCCCUAUUAAGACACUUUAUGUUGGUGUUUCCUUUAUUUUGGCAGUUACCUGUAUAUAAUUUAUGUUAAUACAGUAUGUGACCUGAAAAAUCUACAUAGCUGUAUGUUAAAAUGGGAUAUUAUAUGACUAUGGCUGCAGUGUUUGAGCGGAGUUGGUACGAUAAAUGCGCAACUGAAAGCACAAUCGUUUGGAGACUUUGGAACCUGCAUAUGUAACUGGUGGUUUUAUGCUCUGUAAUGAAAUGUUUUCCAGAUACAUAAUCAUGUGACAGACAGGAGGUACUUGUAGAGGUCAGCUCCAUUGGAAGAAGGCUGAGUAUCGAAUCCACUCAGUUAACUAUAGAGUAUGGGGUGGCAGGGUAGGCUAGUGGUUAGAGCGUUGGACUAGUAACCGGAAGGUUGCGAGUUCAAACCCCCGAGCUGACAAGGUACAAAUCUGUCGUUCUGCCCCAGGCAGUUAAACCACUGUUCCCAGAUCAUCAUUGAAAAUAAGAAUUUGUUCUUAACUGACUUGCCUGGUUAAAUAAAGGUUAAAAAAAAAUGGAGUCUUCCAUUGAAGAAAUGUCAGGCUUGGUCUGCAGACUGAAGUUAUAUCAAAUGUACUGGUUAAUUUCCCUUAGUUUAUUCUGUAAAAGCUUAACAGUGCCUUUCUUGCAUUUUAAUAUGAUUAUAGUUAUUUUUCUCCACUGGGCUGCAUAUGUAGCUACAGUGCCUAGCUACGUAGAAUAACUCAUACAGGUGUAAGCUCAGCUUCUGAAACUUGGAUAACACACUUUUAAUGGCUGCAAAUCUACUACAGUACAUGUUCUAUAUCACUUGUACUGUCAUUUAUUAUCUAAAACAGGCCUAAAGGGAAAUUCAACCACUUUUCAACCUUAUUUUCAUUAUCUCCAGCGCAAUUACAGUGUCUUCAUAUAUGAAAACGGCGCAUUUCUAGAAAAUAAUAUAUAAAGUAAAAAAGUAUGCGAACAUCAAAAAUAAACAUUUAUUUAACAGUGAUUCCCUAACACUAUGAGACUCGCAGUGAUGUGGGGGGCAAGAAAAUACCCUCCCUCUGGCUAGAAACUCAUUGCAGGUUUUGAAAAUCACAGUUUUGUUUACUUUUAAUCCUACCCUGUUUUAAGUACUUUUCUUAUUAUCUUUUUAAACCACAGAUCAUAGAAACGGCCUGUUUUCACAUACACUGAGGGUGUUUCUCAAUAUGCAUACUACCUUGCUCCACACUCUCAUGCUCUGAGUGCAUUCUCCAAUGCUUUCUCUUGAGUAUGUUCUUGUGAGGAUGAGCGUGUGGAGAAUGCAUAAAACAUUACGUUUGAGAAGCACUCACACUUUCCCCUAAUGUAUUACCUCACGCUUCACUUCCCCAUUCCCUGAACCUUCAUCCAGCCAGGACAAUGGCAAGAAUAGACUAAACAAAAAAUGACCUAAAAUUAAUAUUAUGCAAGAUAUAUGUCAAUUCUUCAUGGGUAGCUAGCUAACUAUUCUUCGUGGCUAUCUGGCUAGCUAAAAGUAGUAGCUAGCCAGAUAGCCCUAUUGACUUAUUAUGGGCUUGCGAUUUACGGUCCGUAGGCAGGUAAACAUUAACACAGCAUGUAUUUAUUAACAUAUCAAGAUAAAAUAUUGUAGUCAGGCAACAUAUGAGAUGUGAAGAGGCAACAUUUCAUUCCGAAGUCAGUGUAUUUUCUCUCACUUCAGCUUAAAUAAUGGCCGUCAUUUUUUACGUGGCUGCGUCAUAUUUCUUUGCAUACUUUCAAUGCUUUCAAUUGAAGCUUGCAUUGAUGCAUGCUUCAAAAUAUGUACUAUUAUACAAUGGGUGGGUCUAAUCCUGGAUACUGAUUGGUUAAAACCACAUUCCAGCCGGCGUCUAUUCCACAAAUUACCACCGGCUAACUCUAUGACUUUGAAAUAUCUAUUUACUCUCACUGCGCAAUCCACUGUCUCAUCAACCCAGCCAGGCAAUUUAUAAACUUGAUCUCUACUAUAAAAAGCAUAUAGACAUUAUCUCCCAUUUCUUUUAGACUAUCAUUUGGUUUUCAACAGCAGAGAUUUGUAUAAACCGUGCAAUCUGUCUGCCCCGACAUUUGCAACAUUGUUUCAAUAUUGAAAUGUAUCUCCAGCUGUCCCGUAGUAAUGAACAUGUCGGGACCAGACAGACAGACAGAUUUUCUUAGCCAGUCGAAAUCAUGAAUCAGUUGGUAUAAUUUUUAUGAAUAUAUACAAAGAAAUGUCAACAGAAAACAGGACAAACUAAAUGAAGUUGAAGAGCAGCUAGUUUGCAGUCUUUCUAGCUUCAGACUGAAGUGAUUGUGUUAGCUGUAUUGUUGGCUAGCUCCUAAAAUCAACAAUGUCCUAACGAGAGAGCACAUUUUCUAUGUCAGGCGAAAUCACGCAUCAUUAGCUCAUUGUAAUGGAUGUAUCUAAAUAAAUGUCACUUGAAAACAGUUUAAACAAAUAACAGCAAAUGCAGCCACUUUGCUGUUAUGCUGGCCGUAGUUAGCCGUAGUUGGCUAGCUAUCAAACAAGGAAUAAGAACGUUGCCAGCCAGUACGGCAAUGGAACAUUUAGAACUAACUACAGAGUUGCGUCCAUAGAUGCAGAACAAAAAGAUAUAACGACUGGGUCGCGUCUCUGGCAACCGAACCAAUAGAUCGAACGACCAGCCGGCUUGUGUAGCAACCUUAGAUUUGUGUCGGGACUAUAUCUCGUGGAAGAAUGAAAUAAUAUGAAUUCAUUUAUCAAAAUAAUGUUUUUUUUAUGACAAUAUGUCAAUCAUUAUUUGAAUAUGUUGGUAACUCCUUGUAUAAAAGUGAUAAUUCCCUUGAAGUCGGAGAAGACAGGAUAAUUGUAAAGAAUGAUUUUUAAGCCUUCAGAAAAUUGAGACAUGAAUUGUGUAUGUGUGCCAUUCAGAGGGUGAAUCGGCAAGACAAAAGAUUUAAGUGCCUUUGAACGGGUUAUGGUAGUAAGUGCCAAGCACACCAAUUUGAGUGUGCCAAGAACUGCAAUGUGGCAAGGUUUUUCACACUCAACAGUUUCCCAUGUGUAUCAAGAAUGGUCCACCACCCAAUAGACAUCCAGCCAACUUGACACAACUGUGGGAAGCAUUGGAGUCAACAUAGGCCAGCAUCCUUGUGGAACGCUUUCGACACGGUGUAGAGUCCAUGCCCCUAACAAUUGAGGCUGUUCUGAAGAUAAAGGGGGGUGGAACUCAAUAUUAGGAAGGUGUUUCUAAUGUUUUGUACACUCAGUGUAUGUAGAUACUGUUUUGGUGCUGGAGAUAAUGAAUACGGCAGAAUUGCCCUUGAAAAUACAUGGUUGAUAAUGUUAACAUUCCUAAUUCUUUCAAAUUAAUGUAUUAAAGUGCACAUAACAGAGGUUACAAGAUCUCUGUGGAGGAGAAAUACAAAAUGAAUUGUAAUAUUAUACAUCAAUAAACUACAAACAUGAAAGUA